UUCCUUUUUUCUCUCUUCUGGUUCUGCUGAAAGGUUGGCGUCGAUUUCAUCACGGUGGGUGGUGCCCCCAGCUUCGAGCUAGCUCUUCAUGCAGCUUAGCUUUUUGUUCCGGCGUCCACGGGAUGAGUCGGGCUGGCCUAAAACAGCAGGUUCCCAAUCAGACAAGUCGGUGAGGCGAGGCAAUUCCCUCCGAAUUUCAGCUCACGACUGCAGCAAGCAGCGACAACUCGAGUGGGAAGCCACCCAGGUGCAAACAAACCUGCUUGCGUCGCCAGUGGGAAUUCUGUUUCUGGGACAGAACCUCCGGCGCUGGUGGAGCCGCAUGCCCGAUUCGGCCCGGUCUAUUGAGACCGAGCAGGCGGCUAGCCUGCCAUUGGCUACGGAUGCACCGCUAAGUGGGUCAUGUACCACUUUAUCGGACCCAUUUGGUUGCUGGGAUCCACUUUUUUGGAACCUCCUUGGCUUUUUCACUCUCUCUCUCACUCUGCUGCUCUCGUUACUGUGAUCCCUCUUCCCUCACGGUCAGCUUCAGCACGACCAUAUUCUGUGCAUACCGUAGGCCAGAUUCUCCCUACAUCCAAUUGCUCUGCCCUCAGGGCCAGGAAACUGAAAGGUGGAAGGGCAAGCCCAUUUUAUAUGUAAGGAAGAAUGAAGGGAGCUCGGGG